GAAAAAUCUGUGGAAGUCAGAAUAGAUCAAAUCUCCCGGGAGAGAGCAGAGUAGCAGGCCCCCCUGCUUUGGGUUGGAGAGGAAAUACUGCUCAAUUACCGACCUGCCUCCCUCUCUGGCCAUGUGACCCAUGUUGGUGUAACAGUUUCCCACCAACCAGGUUCCUUAUACUUUUUAACUCCCCCGCCCUUUUCUGUAGGGCUGCAGCAAUUGCUAAAACUCUCUUGGCCUCUGGCGCCAGAAACCCCUUGAGGAGCCAGCUCUCUAUGAGAAGCCAGGCAAGGCAAGCCAGCUUAGGGUCUGCGCUCAGGGGCCAGACGCUGGGGCUUGCAUUUGAGGAGCAGGUGUGGGGUGAGGAAGAGGCUGGAGGACGUCUGUCGAAACAAAAGAUCCACAGCACUGGACCAGUGGAGAACCAGGUGAAAGAGACCCUGGAGUGGUCCCAAGGAGGUUUUGCCACCAGGCUUUGGCUCCCAGCCACAGCCAGCUGUGAGAAAGGGAUCUGACCACGGCCACUUCCUAUUAUCUGUGAAGCUAAAUAGGAAAAGGGCCCGGGGAAAGCAGAGGGGGAAUUCCCGUGGCAAGUCAAGUCGGUCUCCCCCAGAGACACAGGAUGGCAAACAAUGAUCCCGGACUGGCACAGCUCCUUGAUCCUCACGGCCUACAUCCUCAUCUUCCUCACUGGGCUCCCUGCCAACCUGCUGGCCUUGCGGGCCUUCGUGAGCCGGGUCCGCCAACCCCAGCCUGCUCCCGUGCACAUCCUCCUGCUGAAUCUGACCCUGGCGGACUUGCUCCUUUUGCUGCUACUGCCCUUCCGGAUCGUGGAAGCAGCAUCUAACUUUCGCUGGUACCUGCCGAAGAUCGUGUGUGCGCUCACAGGCUUCGGCUUCUACAGCAGCAUCUACUGCAGCACGUGGCUGCUGGCGGGCAUCAGCAUGGAACGCUACCUGGGAGUGGCCUUCCCCGUGCAGUACAAGCUCUCCCGCCGGCCCCUGUAUGGAGUGAUCGCAGCUCUGGUGGCCUGGAUCAUGUCCUUCGGCCACUGCACCAUCGUCAUCAUCGUUCAGUACCUGAACUCAACAGAGCCGGUGGGCACUGAGAACCAAAUAACCUGCUAUGAGAACUUCACCCAAGAGCAGCUGGAUGUGGUGCUGCCUGUGAGGCUGGAGCUGUGCCUGGUCCUCUUCUUCGUCCCCAUGGCCGUCACCAUCUUCUGCUACUGGCGCUUCGUGUGGAUCAUGCUCACGCAGCCCCAUGUAGGGGCUCAGAGGAGACGCAGAGCGGUCGGCCUGGCUGUGGUGACGCUUCUUAAUUUUCUGCUGUGCUUCGGACCUUACAACGUGUCCCACUUGGUGGGGUUCUACCUGCGGCAGAGCCCUCCGUGGCGAGUGGAGGCUGUGGUAUUCAGCUCCCUCAAUGCCAGCCUGGACCCGCUGCUCUUCUAUUUUUCUUCCUCCGUGGUGCGCAGAGCUUUCGGGAAAAGUUUGCUAGUGUUCCGCAAACCCGGCUCCACGGUGCUGGGCAGAGGAGCCAAAGAGACAGUGGAGGGGACCAGGAUGGACAGGGGUGGGAGUCAAACAGAGGGGGUGCCAAGCUCCGAUUUCAUCACUGAGUAGAGGGUCCCCCGAACCUUCCCCAGUCUCUGGUCACCCAGAAGUUGGGCUGGCUAGCAGAGCACCUGGAACUUGGUGAAAGAUAAAAAAAAUAAAAAGGAAAGACAUUCCCCAGCCACGCUCCACUACCGUCUCAGCUUGGCAUAAGUGCUUGACUGGAUUUUCCUGCUCCAGGAUACAAGAAGAAAUAGCUACAGCUCUAAAAUAAGUGGGGUCAGUGCCUCAGAAGCGAGGUGGCUAAUGGGAGGGUAUUUUGAAAAGUAAUCUUCCUUCAAGCUUGGAAACGCCACCCAGAGACAGCGGUCUGGCUGGUGAUGCUGCAGAGAAGCCAAUGAAAAACCAUUGGGGGAACCUCUGGGAAGAAAAGAAAAGCCCCGGAAAGCUCUAAGCCACGGGAGGGACUGGCGGGGAGGACAGGGGCCGUAUCUCUGGUGAGCUUUGUCUCUCUAUAUCCCUUCGAGCUGUCCCUUUUUAAGUGUGCUCUGUUGGUUUUCGUGUUUUGGCCUUGUCUCCACUGUUACACUGGGGUCUGGGUUGCAUGUCUGUCCCCAGUGUCCUCCCACCCAGGCUAGGGUGUGUCUUGGUACUGACGUAGACACUGACCUGCACAGGAGGACAGAAAACCCAGUCUGGUCUGGCAGGUUGAAAAUAAAGAUGAUGGCCACCGCCUAACACAAAUGCUCACAGCUUUUGGCACUGGUCUCUAUG